AUGGGGACUCUCCUCCCAAAUAAUGACAACUGGCACGGCGUCAUGACUCAAAUCUGGACCUCAACCAGCCUGGAAAUAAAGCAGUACCUGCCAGCCCCGUUGAAGGCCCAGACCUUGGCCGAGUAUAUGCAGAGAGUGGACGAAGUCCGACCUCUUCUACGAUCUGCAGCUUGUGAGAAGUACCCUCGUAUCAUGCAGAAACCCUUCAACAUUCUGCAAGACCUCAGCGACGUCCCUCAGCCUAGCUAUGACGACAACCAGUCCUACUACCCCGAAUACCGCAAGCACAAGUCCAAGCACCGUCAUCGCGAUGACCGGUACCGCCGUGACGACCGCUACCGUAGUGAAGGCCGCUAUAGCCGUAAAGACAAGUACAGGGAUAAAGAGAAAGAGUAUGAGAAGGAUGAGGUUCGUGAGAAGGACCGCUACCGCGACAGGGAGCGUGGUAAGGACCAAGACAAGGACCGGGACCGCAAGCGCGAUCACCGGCACCAUGACGACGACCGAAGAAAGCGGUAUAAAGACAGAGCGCACUUUGCCGACGGCGAGUUCGGAGAAGAUAGUUCUUACGAUUCGGACUCGGAGUCUUCGUCAGAAAGUUCAAUUAAUGAAGAAAAGGAGAUGGAAAAAGCUUUUCUGAUCCUCGACUGA